ACAAAAAAUAUUGUUUCUGCUCAGAACUGGUUUUUAGUUUCAUAAGCAUCAGCAGUGAAACUGAAGCACUGGGUUUUAAUACUCUCCAUUUGAAGUAUUUGAAAGAAAAUAAGAUGAGGUGCUUCUACUCCAGUUGCAUUUGUAUUUGGGGAGCUUGCCCCAAAUUGGGGGAACAAGAGGAAGAACAUCAUCCCAGAAAACAUUAAUGAUUACAGAACUAUUCCAAAAAGAUCAGUUCUGAUGCACUAGGAUCUCAGUGAAAGAAUGGCUUGUGCUGGAUAUUGGCCAGGUCUGGAGAAAAAUGAGGAGCACUUGACAGCUGCUUCCUCUAAAGAUUGACAGAAGUUUGAAUUGGGAAACUUGUCCUGCUCUACAACGGGCAAGUAUUUUACCGAUUAUGUUUGCAUCAGUCAACAUGGCACAUGAAGUUUGUAUAGAAGCACAUAUUGGAAAACCUGUAAAUAGAACAAUUCCAGAAUGCAAGAAGGGGAGUAUGACACCCACCCUGACCAAGGGAAUACAGGAGCUGAUAUGCAAGGAUUUAGAGUGCAUCAGGACUUUCAAAGCAACAUUUAUUUGCAACAAAUAUUACAACUUAUACAUUCCAAGUGUUUCAAAGAAUAAUAUUUCUGAAUACUGGCUAGUAUGUGGUAAAGAUCAGAUAAAGAUAGUCUUGAGUGGAGGUUGUCCACCUCUAGAGACAAGUGAUACUCCAGAAAGGAAUCAUCACAAACAGUUCAAUAUCACUCAAGGUUGUCCACCUCUAGAGACAAGUGAUACUCCGGAACGGAAUCAUCACAAACAGUUCAAUAUCACUCAAGGUUGUCCACCUCUAGAGACAAGUGAUACUCCGGAACGGAAUCAUCACCAACAGUUCAAUAUCACUCAAGGGGACAGAACAACUUCGGACGAGAGUGAUUCUUCAACAAUGCCCCCAGGGUUUAUUGUAAUGAUUGUUAUUGGAACGAUUGGGAUUAUUGGAACGAUUAUAGGUUGCUGUGUAUUGAAGCACAGAUACCCCCGAGUCUGGAACAACAUUUGUUCCCAACGCAUGGUUCGCAGACACAGAGAUCAAGAAACAGAUCAGCAUAGCUACGAAUUAAGUCCCCUGAAUAAUUGUAAUGCUGAGGCCAGGAUAUCAAUUGAACAAAAACAUUGACUGACCAGGGUGUGUGGACAGGAUGUAAACACUAUUAGGCCAUGAAGAAUUUCUGACUGAAUGUGAACCUGACUACCUGUUCUUGGUUAUUGUAGCUUUUUAUAUGUUGUUUUAAUAAAAAAUUUAAAAAGA